AUGAAAAGAAAACCAGUUUGGAAGGGAUUAAAAACUGGCGUUCCACACGAUUGUCUCUCUGAUAAAUGUCUCAGAAAGUGGUCUCCACCACCAUAUCAGGUUAUUGUAAAUGAUGAUUACUAUUGUCCAUCAUGUGUAUUGCACCAUCGGAAUAAUAUGAAUAGAUUUAAGGAGGGUCAUCUGGUAUGGUCUUCACAUGUACCAAAUACUUUUUAUUUAUUCCAAAUUACAGAUCCACAAACAAAUAAGAAACUAUUCAAAUUUGGAAGAACACAACACCUUGAUUCUCUGAAAAGGUAUUCUACAGCAGAAUUGAAAGGUUAUGACAUGAAAUUAUUAUUGCAAUUGAGAGGUAGAUUAGAAACCAUGACACAAAUAGAGAAUUGGUGGAAAGAACAAGCAGAGUUAAUGGAUUUGUUUUCUCGAUUUUCUGAUGAAUCUUUUCAUGGACUUACUGAAUGUUUAGAAAUGGAUGAAACAUCAUUGGAGGAUUUUAUGGCCUAUAGUAAUGCGAUUGAGAAGUCUGAUAGGUCAAAGUUUGAGGAGUGGAAUCGUCAAUACUGUGAAAGGUUGCAACAAUUUAUAGAUAAAAGAGUUUCGUCAACAAUUGGAGAACAAUCCAAUGUUGAAUAA